AGGGAGAGGGGGGGAAACAGGAGGGGAAAUAAUCAACGUGGGAAUCGAUGUACAAUGAACUGAUCGCUUCCAACCAUGUCUGCGCAACGAGCGAAGCCAGCCAAGGAGGCCGGGACGGAUCGGAGCCCGGCGAUGGAGGGCGGGAUGCAGCUGCUGAACCGCGAUGGGCACAGCAUCUCACACAACUCCAAGCGACACUACCACGACGCCUUCGUGUCCAUGAACCGGAUGCGGCAGCGGGGGCUGCUGUGCGACAUCGUCCUGCACGUGGGCAACAAGGAGAUCAAGGCCCACAAGCUGGUGCUGGCUUCCUGCAGCCCCUACUUCCACGCCAUGUUCACCAAUGAAAUGAGCGAGAGUCGCCAAACCCACGUGACCCUUCACGAUAUCGACCCCCAAGCACUGGAGCAGCUGGUACAAUACGCCUACACUGCGGAGAUCGUGGUGGGAGAGGGGAAUGUCCAGACCUUAUUGCCCGCGGCCAGCCUACUCCAGCUCAACGGUGUCCGAGACGCCUGUUGUAAGUUCCUGCUCAGCCAACUCGAUCCGUCGAACUGCCUGGGGAUCCGGGGAUUCGCCGACACGCAUUCCUGCAGCGAUCUGCUCAAGUCGGCCCACAAGUACGUCCUCCAGCACUUUGUGGAGGUUUCCAAGACCGAGGAGUUUAUGCUGUUGCCUCUCAAACAGGUGCUAGACCUCAUCUCCAGUGACAACUUGAAUGUUCCUUCGGAGGAGGAGGUGUACAGGGCCGUGCUGAGCUGGGUCAAACACGAAGUAGACAGCAGGCGCCAGCACGUUCCCAGAUUGAUGAAGUGCGUGCGGCUGCCUUUGCUGACCCGGGACUUCCUGAUGAACAACGUAGACACCGAGCUGCUUGUCCGGCACCACUCCGAGUGCAAAGACCUGCUCAUCGAGGCCCUCAAGUACCACCUGAUGCCCGAGCAACGGGGGGUCCUGAGCAACAGCAGAACCAGGCCUCGGCGCUGCGAGGGAGCCAGCCCAGUGCUCUUCGCUGUCGGUGGCGGGAGUCUGUUUGCCAUCCACGGGGAUUGUGAAGCCUACGACACCAGGACAGACCGGUGGCACAUGGUGGCCUCCAUGUCCACUCGCCGGGCCAGUGGAGUGGCCGCCAUCGGAAACCGGCUGUACUCGGUCGGAGGGUACGACGGCACCUCGGACUUAUCCACCGUGGAAUCUUACGAUCCGGUCACUAACUCCUGGCAGCCGGAGGUGUCCAUGGGCACGAGACGCAGCUGCCUGGGUGUGGCGGUGCUCCACGGCUUGCUGUACGCCGCGGGAGGUUACGACGGGGCCUCUUGCCUCAACAGUGCAGAAAGGUUCGAUCCACUCACAGGAACCUGGUCCUCAGUCACUGCAAUGAGCACCAGGAGGCGCUAUGUUCGCGUGGCGACUUUAGAUGGAAAUCUCUACUCUGUUGGGGGCUACGAUAGCUCCUCACACUUAGCGACUGUAGAAAAGUAUGAUCCGCAGACCAACACCUGGAGCACCAUCGCCAACAUGCUGAGCCGCCGCAGCAGUGCGGGGGUGGCGGUGCUGGAGGGGAUGCUGUACGUGGCUGGGGGGAACGACGGGACCAGCUGCCUUAACUCAGUGGAGAGAUACAACCCCAAGGCCAACACCUGGGAGAGUGUGGCGCCCAUGAACAUCCGAAGGAGCACCCACGACCUGGUGGCCAUGGACGGGUGGCUUUACGCAGUGGGGGGCAACGACGGAAGCUCGAGUCUGAACUCCAUCGAGAAGUACAACCCCCGCACCAACAAGUGGGUGGCUGCCUCGUGCAUGUUCACACGGAGGAGCAGUGUGGGGGUCUCAGUGCUCGACCUGCUGAACUUCCCCCCGCCAUCCUCGCCCACCCUCUCGGUCUCGUCCACCAGCCUCUAGGGCUCGGAACUCAACCGCCCGGCUCUUUACCUCAUCGCAAACAACUCGCCGUUUCUAAGACCAGACUGCCGCCGUCAACACCAGCCUCCUGCCCAAGCUGGUCUCUCUCGGUCAUUAAUUUACUGAUUGACUUACCUUACUUACUUAUUAUUUAUUUUCGUUCCAAGGUUCGGUCUCCCCCCACCACCCCA